UUCGAGAACGUUCAGCGUCGAGCCUGGGGGCUUUAUCCCUUACAUACCAUGCUCAACUACAUAUUCAUAUCCUGAGUUUAAUCUAAAGCCUCUUGAGCUUCUAGUUUUGAGGCUCCCUACGAAAUAGUGAAAACCAUCUCCUUGACACUUUCAGAGUCCACCAAUGUUUCAUCAUUCGGUAAGUCGGGUUAGGCGAUGCGGAGAAUCUCCGAGACGUUAUAGUUCCCCCGCGUGGGAUAGCAUCGAAUGAGCCCAUGAAUCAUAUCAUUUUCUUAUUCUCCCUUCUCCCCUUUUCCGUCUGGAUUUCCUUCUUCUCUUUUCUCUUUCUCUUCCUGAACGUGAAAUACAAAAUCUGAAGUCUGAACCUUCGUUGAGUCCUAUGGUGCUAUUAAACAAUUGUUUCCCCCCAACGUUAUCUUCUCCAACUUCCCCGCAAUCACCAUGGCCAAGAUCAAGACCAUCGAGUACUUCCGUGUCCUUCCCAGAUGGCUUUUUGUCAAAGUAGUAGAUGAAGAUGGGAAUUACGGUUGGGGUGAAAGCACCCUAGAAGGGCACACAGAAGCUGUCGAAGGCACACUCAAUGCGCUGUGCAAGCGCUUCCAGGGAUACGAGGCCGAUGAUAUCGAACACAUCUGGCAAAUGGCCUGGCGUCUUGGCUUCUACCGCGGUGGCCCCGUUUUCAUGUCCGCCAUUUCCGGUAUCGACAUCGCCUUGUGGGAUCUCAAGGGCCGCAAACUCGGCGUCCCAAUUCACCAGCUCAUCGGAGGAAAGGUCCGCAAUAAGCUCUCCGUCUACGCAUGGAUCGGCGGUGACCGACCUGACGACGUCGAAGCAGCCGGCAAAGCACGCCUGGCACAGGGAUUCAAAGCGAUCAAGAUGAAUGCCACGGAGGAUGUGAAUUGGCUGGAUUCACCGCGAGCGCUGGAAUCUAGCGUCGAGCGCCUGAAGGCCGUCAAGGCGCUGGGUCUGGAUGCUGCACUGGACUUUCAUGGCCGCUUGCACAAGCCCAUGGCGAAGCAGUUAGCCAAGGCGCUUGAACCGCACAAGCCGCUUUUCCUGGAAGAACCUCUGCUCUCUGAGCACCCAGAGGGCAUCAAGCAGUUGUCGGACCAGGUUUCAUGCCCUAUUGCACUGGGUGAGCGUCUUUACAGCCGCUGGGAUGUGAAGCGCUUCCUGGAGGAUGCUAGCGUUGACGUCCUCCAGCCGGACAUCAGCCAUUGCGGAGGUAUCUCUGAGCUACGACGGAUUGCUUCCAUGGCUGAAACGUAUGAUGUCGCGAUUGCGCCGCAUUGUCCUCUUGGUCCUAUUGCCCUGGCUGCCUGUAUGCAGGUCGACCUUGCCACUCCUAAUUUCGUUAUUCAGGAGAUGAGCCUCGGAAUCCAUUAUAACACCGAAGCUGGUGACUAUGACAUCACUAGUUAUGUCAAGGAUGCUAGUGUCUUCGCCGUCAAGGAUGGCUAUGUUGAUGCUUUGACGGCCCCCGGGCUGGGCAUCGAGGUUGAUGAGGAGGCUGUCCGUCGUGUGGCACAGACGACUGAGCCCUGGCAGCCUAAAGAAUUCUUUGGUCCCGAUGGUGGUAUACGGGAGUGCGGUAUGGGUUACGAUGAAUAUAUGACAAAGUUUUAA